AUGGGAAUGAUAAAAGAAGCUGUACAAAAUGAACGUCAACCACGUAAUAGUGCUCAAGUGCGUGCCGAUUCAAUUGAUUUUCAUUGUGAUGGUAAUGGUACAACAGUAUCGGUUAUGCAUCAUCGUCCAGCGAAUUCCAACUCGGCUUCGUCGCCUGGCGAAGGUAGCUCAUCGUCAAUCAAACAAGACGAUGAAUGUGAUUUAUCUACAUCUCAAAUGUUUUCAAAUGAAACAGACGAUCAAAUAUCCGCGACAUCAGCUCAAAUACUUUUGAUGAUUGUUAAAUGGAUUCGUAAUUUACCAACGUUUUCAAGUUUACCUUUUCGUGAUCAGGUAUGUAUCUUUCUCUUCUCUCUCAAUCAAAAGAAACAAGUUCAAAUAAUCUAUAUUUUCUAUUGACAUAUUCUAAUCCUGAAAUAUCAUGUCAUUUGAAAACAUGAACAUCUUUUGAUGAACUUGAUACAUCUUUCUCAUUCUCUAUUCAAAUAAUCAAAUGAUGAAAGAAGGAUCAAGAAAUAAAUAAAUUC